UUAUGGCAAGAAAAAAAUUCUACUUCCGUUUUGUUUGUUAUGGAAGAUGUCACUCGGUGCACAAGCGAUGUUAUCUGCGGCAAAAUCCAAAUUAUUGAGCCUUGCAAGGGUUUCUGCUCUCCUCGGUAACAUCACAACAAAACAAUGCCUUCAACGGCCUCAGCGCAUUUCCACUGUGACCCUUCGACCUUUCAGUGAGGCUGUUAGCCAGCAGAGGUCAGAACUUGAAGAAAAGGUCCAUCUCACUGAGUCAUGUGUCAAGAGACUUGGUGAGAUCAUGGUGAAAGGAGAGUACCUGAGAAUAUGUGUGGAAGGAGGAGGCUGUUCUGGCUUCCAGUACAAGUUCUCAGUUGAUUCUAAUCGGAGUGAAGAUGACAGAGUGUUUGAGCAGGAUGGAGUGGGUAUUGUUGUGGACCAGGACAGCCUGGAGUUUGUGAAAGGAGCCACGGUGGAUUUCAGCCAAGAACUCAUCCGCGCCACAUUCCAGGUGCUCAAGAAUCCUCUGGCUGAUCACGGCUGCUCUUGUGGCAGUUCCUUCUCUGUCAAACUUUAAAUGACAUGGCACUGGUAGUCUACUUCAUUUAGCAAAAGUAUAUUUCACAAGAUGGCCAGUGUAAAAAGACAGAAGAGCUUUGGAGCACUAUUGCCACAGUUAUCUUUUUUUUUUUGUGCAAAAUCUUGCAUAGACUGCUCUUAAAUUUUUAUGAACUGCUAUCAGAAUUCAUUUAGAUUAGCUUCAGUUGUAUUGUGUUUUUGCUUCAUGCGUGUAAAAUUUGUAAAUAGCCCAAAUACAUUUUAUUUAUCACUGAAAAUAAAAUAUGGAAUUGUA